UUAUUUGGCGAUGACGUUGAGCCUGCAAGCAUAAACGGAGAUGACGGUAAUCAAAUGAUGAAGGAAAAAAGGAAAAAAGUCUUUACCCAUUUUCCUUCGACCACUGGACCGGCAAGGCUUGCUAUCGGGCUCAAAAACCCUGGUAACACUACUGCCACUUACAAAUAUCGGCCCCGGAUAGCGUCUGGUCUUCCCCUUCCUCUGAGAACCAACCACCCACGCCCUUCCCUGCGGAUCCGAUCUCGGCCUCUGCCAAAUUCGCAAUUUCUCACCGCUCCUCCCCAAAGUUGUGUUCCCACGCUGAGACGCUCCCCAGACGCCAGACCGACACGAUGGAGAAGCUUGACGAGCGCCAGCUUCUCGAGAAGUUCGACCGCCUCGUCGAGCAAGGUCUGGUGGUUUACAACCAGAACUACCGGUUGAUUAAUCUGUCGGACCAGGGCUUCUCGUUCCAAUUUCGCGUCCUCAGCAGCCUGGCGAACAAACCCCAGGCGCCGCGCGGCGAUAAGGAAACCGCCUCGCUGCCGCAAGCAGACCAGCCGGGCUGCCGACCGGGCAGCGACAUCGACGUGUCGGGCUUCGAGGUGGCCGUGAUCGGGGACAGCCACCUCGUCGCCGCCAACAAAUUCCCUGCUGCGCGGCCGCACUUCCUGAUCCUCACCCAGGACGGCUUCCGGAGGCAGCACGAGCCGCUCGACCUCCAAGACCUCGCCGCCGCCUGUCAGGUCCUCUCGGCGCUGGAGAGCCGCCACCUGCUGCUCUUCAACUGCGGCAUCGACAGCGGGUGCAGCCGCAUGCACAAGCACAUGCAGGUGCUGCCGGCCCCGGACCCGCAGGCCUUCGCGCUCUGGCCCGACGAGGACGCGCCGGUCGUGCCCUUCCGCUUCUUCCGCCGCCGCUUCCAGGACGGCCUGCCGACCCCCGACGUGCUGCUGGGCAUCUACCAAGGCCUGGUGCGCCAGGCCGGCAGGGCAGUGAACGGGGCAACGGGCCGCGGCCAGGAGGUCGUGGCGCACAACGUGGUCAUGAACCGGAACUGGCUGGUGGUCAUCCCCCGCCGCGCCGCCGGCUGGGCCGGGGCAGAAACCAACGCGGCGGGCAUGUUGGGCAUGGUCUGGGUGCACAGUGAGGAGAAGAUGGAGGCCUGGUUGGAACGCGGCCCCGCGAACGUCCUGGCGCGCAUCGGCAUCCCAUCGAACGGGCGAUGAGUCGGCGGGAUGUAGAAUAUAGACUAG